AUGCAACAGGAAAGGACUGAAUGAAACAGCAGCUAGUGUGAAACUGUGAAUGAACGAUCAGGUCAGUCAAUCAAGCAUGCAAUCCGGUGGCUCCUCUGUUUCACAAAACUGCAUGGAACUCCGCUCCCUCCCAUUAACUACGCACCAGUCAGGCCUAUUUAAGCGAGAGUGCCUUGCCACAUCCAGCCUCUAGACUCUGAUCGCUUCCGCCGGCAAACAGCGUCACAGAAGCAGCUCAAGAUUCUACCAUGGGGACAGUGAGGGCUUCGCCUUCUUAUUCCUCUGCAGAUCCUUUUCUCGCCAUCACCAGGAGUGACAGAUGGAUUUGGUUCUUCCAUUCACAGGAGGCGCCCAGGCGAUUCAGGUUCCAGGUUGAGAUGCGCUGCCGCUGCAUUGGCUGUGUCAGGAAGGUGGAGAAGGCCAUGGUGUCCAUUGGAAGUUUCGGUGGAGUUGAAACUUCGGUGGGGGAUGUUAAUAGCGGGAUUGUCACGGUGGUUGGAAAGGUGAACUCAACAGAGAUUUGCCGCUGGCUGAAGAGGAAGACGAAGAAAAGUGUCAAAAUUGUGUACCCGGAUGCUCCAAUUGAGGACCAUAAACAGAAAAUGAUAUUGGUUCUCGGAAGCAGUUCACAAGGUGGGCACCCUACGCCCUCUGCUCCACCAUUACAAGAUGACAUGCCCUGGGCUUUGGUACCAUCAGGAGUUCAACCAGACCAUGAGAGCCUACAUGUCAUCGAGGAGAAGAUCAGGGGCCUCGAGAAGAUCAGGGAUGAGAUGAAGAUCAAGGGGCUGCAAAACGAGCUGAUUGCAGCCAAGAGCGAGCUCAAACAGUCAGUGAGAGUUAUCAAUGGCAGUAAGAAGGUUUUGUUGGAUAGUGCUUUGAAUCAGCUCAAAGCAUACAUGAACCUAAAGGCACUUGGUCAGUAAAAUUAUGCCAGCAAAUCUAUUUGUGAGGAAUUUGGUAGUUACUGCCGUAGCACCAUGUUUUGUGAAGGUGCUCUGUAAUUUAAUUGUGUUUUGCUACCAGGUAAAAGUUAUCAGGCAUUAGGUCUUUUGCAUGUAUCAAACAUGUGCACCGCUUUUCACUACCAAUUUACCAAAGCACCAUGGGGCGUCAAUUUCCUUCCCAGUAGAGAAAUUAUCCUGCGUGAUAUUUUUUGUGAAUAACUGGUUCAAUCCUCCUUUUUGUGACAAUUGUUAGGGCAUGUACAAUCUCAAUUAUUAUGGAGUCCCUUGAGGAGUCUCUAUGGGACUAUUUG